UUGUGAAAUAUGUAAACUGAUAUAUGAAGAAAAAGGUUUUAGAGGCCAGUUAUUAGGUUCAGAACAAGAUGAAGAGCUUUACUAUGACCAUCACCAUGAAAACUCUCUACUGUGCUUUGCUGCUGGGACUUAUGGGAGAAUCAGGAUUGGGUGCAUCUGUGCAGAUCUCCUGGACUGGCAGAGUGACCGCUGGUUCCCGCACUACCUUCACUUGUUCUUCUUCUUGUUUCCCAAACUGUGUCUACAGCUGGAACCUUAACGGCAGACCGGUCAAUGGGAGCUCAUUAACCUGGACACCAGAUGGGCAGGAUGUUUCAGUGGAACUGCAGUGCAUCGUGCUAAAUCCAAAAACAGGAAUAUACAGCAGUACAACCACCAUAGUAGAGAUUUGGAAUCCCAUCUCUGUGCGAACCAGUCCUCCAAACGCCGUCCCAGUGCUCAACCAGCCUCUCAGCUUAGUUUGCCAUGAUUCUGAAUCUAGACACCAUCAGAAUCUCUCAGACAUUUCCUGGUAUAAAGAUGGACAGAGAGUGACUCUCCGUGAAAACAUGUGGUUCCUUCAGGAAAAUCUUACUCUUCACUUUGACUCUCUGCUCUCCUCUGAUGCUGGCUUCUAUCAAUGUGAAAUUUAUCUGCCAACAUCAGAGACGAGAGUUUACAGCCUGGGAUUUCUGCUAAGCUAUGAUCCAUGGAACGUCACCAUCAGCGGACCUGAUGUGGUGUUUCCUGGCAGGUUGAGUCAUUUCUCCUGUUUGACCAGCUGCACCCUAAAUAUUGAAUGUACUGUCAGGUGGGACUUCAGGGGAGGUUUCCCCAUUGGGUCUUUCCUUUCAGUUAAUGCAAAUCACCUCAAGUGGAUUCCCUCUAAUCCAGGGACUUUUCAGAACUUCACUUGUAUUGCAGAGAACAAAGCUGCAGGACGCUCCGCUGAGGACACAAAGAAAGUAGAAGUUAAAGGAAUUCCAGUGUCUGGGUCAGAGGCAAUGCAUCUUAAUGGACUUUCAGUGUUUGUGUUCUUUUUCUUUUUAAUUAACAAAACUGUAAUCUGAUUUUAAAAUAACUGGUGUACUGUUUUUUUUUUAUUCUGUACUAUUGUACUAUUAUACUGUACGUGUACUAUUUAUCUAUUUUUUAUAGUCUUGGUUUAUCUGCUUUAUU